AUUACGUCAAUGUUCGAAGUUGUUGAUUUGUUGUAGACGUUGUUCCAAAUUUGCGUAUUUUUUGUGAAUUCCUAGCAUUAAUACCAUAGUGAAGUGUUAAAUAAGUGUGCAAUAUAAACGUACAAAUAGUAUUUCGAACGUAUUAAACUGAAAUAUUAGCGAAAUAAACAUGAAUCCCGAAUACGACUAUUUAUUCAAACUUCUACUUAUUGGUGAUUCUGGAGUUGGAAAGUCCUGUUUGUUACUUAGGUUUGCGGAUGAUACUUACACGGAAAGUUAUAUCAGUACCAUUGGAGUAGAUUUUAAAAUCCGUACUAUAGAUUUGGAUGGAAAAACAAUUAAACUCCAAAUUUGGGACACAGCAGGUCAGGAAAGGUUUAGAACGAUCACGUCGAGUUAUUACAGGGGGGCACAUGGUAUAAUUGUGGUGUACGAUUGCACAGACCAAGAUUCCUUUAACAACGUGAAACAGUGGCUCGAGGAAAUCGAUCGUUACGCGUGCGACAACGUAAACAAAUUGCUGGUGGGAAACAAGAGUGAUUUGACAACAAAAAAAGUUGUCGACUUCACAACAGCAAAGGAAUACGCCGACCAGCUGGGAAUCCCGUUCUUGGAGACGUCGGCGAAAAACGCUUCGAACGUCGAACAGGCGUUCAUGACCAUGGCGGCUGAAAUCAAGAACAGAGUGGGGCCGCCAUCGUCGGCCGCCGACCAGGCCAACAAAGUCAAAAUCGACCAGGGAAGGCCCAUAGAAACCACCAAAUCAGGAUGUUGCUGAGCUUGAUUUUAUACAGGUUUUAAGGUGGUCAUUCAUUAUUUUGUACAGUAGCCGUUCAAUUACAAAUUCAUAACCUAAUAUAUCCGUCUUUAAGUAUAGAUAAUUUACAGUGUAAUCUUUUCACAAUUUAUAUUUACAAUUUAAAUGAAAAUGAAAAAAAUAAACCCAUUACUGUUAGCCUAAUUACCUAAUAACCUAACUUCUUCCUAGCGAAUUUGUACACAACAGCUAAAUUGAAACAACUAACUGUAUAUACCUUUUUUGGAGACAAAGAAUAUAGAAUAUUUUUUGCGGUAAAAUAUUUUGCAAAGGCUCUCUUUGUUUUCAAAAACCAGGGAUGUUUAUAAUUUUUUAUUUAAAAUAUAUUUCACUUUUAAAAAUCAUUGUUUUUAUUGACCUAUCACUUAAACAACAAAUCUUUGUAACUAAUAUUGGAGUAUUUUUUUAGGGAUGUAUAAUCGAUUUUUCUUUGUAGUUAAUCAAAAUAAAUUUGACUGAGUUUUUUGUAAUCGCUAUGUUAUUAAAUUAAAUUGAUAUGAAAGCACUUGGAUAAUAUUAUAUUACUAAUAGCUGCUAGGCACAUAUUUUGUUUAUUUUCUUAUUAUCCUUUAAAUUUGUUUUGAUUUUUUCAUACCUAUUCAAAUUUGUAUAAUAUAGGAUACCAUACAACUUUUGUUAUAAUUUUUAUUUUGUAGUUUAUAUUUAUAUGAUUGUA